CCUGUCUGGCUGCUUGUAAUGCUUUAGAAAAUGGCUGCGGCGACUGUUGUGGACGCUUCUUCUGGUAAAGAUGUGGUCGCCGAGGGGCUGCUCGACCUCCUUAAGCCCGCAAUUCAGCAGCUCGACCUACAUGUACACUCAGUCAGAGAAAGCCAAGUAGAAUUAAGAGAACAUAUAGACAACCUGGCCACAGAGUUAUGCAGGAUAAAUGAACAUCAGAAGGUGGCACUUGACCUGGAUCCUUAUGUAAAGAAGCUGCUGAAUGCAAGACGUAGAGUAGUACUAGUAAACAACAUAUUGCAGAAUGCUCAGGAACGACUGAGGCGCCUCAACCACAAUGUGGCCAAAGAGACAGCACGAAGAAAGACCAUGCUUGAGGCUUCAGGGGUGUUCACAUCCCGCUCCCCCAGUAAACCCUGACCCUUCUCCCUCUUUGCACAGGAAAUACUGUGUCUUGAUCAGGAGGGACAUGUCAGUACAGGAAACUGUAACAUGAGGAGGACAAGUCUUAUUUUGAUAUUUAUUUAACUGUUUUUCUAAUCACAUCCUGAUGUUCUGCGUUGGUUUGUCUGAUGUCAUCACAAUAAAAUCCAGGCUACUAUCUGCUUAAUAUUAGGCAAAGAGAUUAUUGUCUUAACCUCUGGCAAAAUGCCUGAAUCAGUUUUACAGUAUCUCCAAUUCAUACAUUUUAUAUUGCAAACAUGUUACCAUUAAAUUAAACAAACGUGACCAUCCACAUUUAUUUUAGUUUCUGUCUUAAAGUGUACAGGUAUCACUGAACUCUCCCUCUAUGUUUUCCAAAUUAUGUUUAUAUGGGCCUCUGGGUUCUCUAUGAAGUUCUGCUGACUUAAAUGUGUUGUAGCAAAUCACACAACUUAAAGCAUAAUGUUAUAAAAUAGUUUUUAUAGUAAAUGAUUAAAAUUAAACUUGCUUUGUAGGCUGUCUCCAUGAUUAUGCAAUAUAGCACCUGUGACCAUUUUUUAGCAUGCAUUGUGUCAUUAAGAAUGUUGAAAAGUAUACAAUUAUGUCCAUUAUUGUGAAUCAAACUCAUUUUGUGUUUUUUCAAGUUCAAAUAAGUAAUAUCUUAUUUCAAUGAAGAGCUGUGGACAGCAUACUGAUGCACUCAGCUCCUCCUUGUCCUAACCCUGUCACUCACUUACACACACACACACCAACACACAAAUAUAUUGACAGCUAAUCUGUCUGUCAUAGACUGAAUAAAAUAACAUAAUUUGAUCUUUGCAAACAGAAAUGAUGCACAUGUUUAUUUGCAUUUUGAGCAGGGAAGUGAGAACCAAUCAUAAGUGGUAACAGGUGACAUUUGGAGAAACAUUCUAAUACCAGGUGUGAACUGACUUAACUUGGC